AUGGCCGACGGUAUUUGGGCUGGCACGGCGACUCGCGCGCUCAUGCCGCGUGCCUCUGCGGUAUGCUGAAAACGAAGCGUCUGGAGUGGUGACGAGGCUGAUUGAUUCUGUAGAAUACAGGCUCUCAUCGCAAUACUGGCGCCUCUUCGAUAUCUGGAAUGUUGUCGACUCUGAUCCCCGUCUUCCUCAUCUCGUCCGUCGUAUUCCUCGCGUUCUUGCUCCUGCGCAAGAAGCUCCCACGUGUGUACGCACCUCGAACGUAUCUGGACUCUCUGCGGAACUGGCAACUCUCGCCCAAACAAACCGGAGGCGUUCUGGGCUGGCGCAAGGAAUACAAGCAAUUGACCGACGAAUUCGUUCGUACGUAAGGGGAAAUCCUCCGUGUUUGGGACAAGUGCUUACAGAAUCUCAAUCGCUAGUCGGCCAUGCCUCGAUCGAUAACUACCUGUUUCUGCGAUUCUUCAAGAUGCUCACGAUGAUGUGUUUUGUCGGCUGCAUCAUCACAUGGCCUAUUCUAUUUCCCGUCAAUGCAACGGGAAACGGCGGACAGGCCGGUCUUGAUAUUCUCUCUUUCAGCAACAUCAACCCAGGGCCGCGCUACUACGCUCAAGUCUUCGUCGCAUGGCUCUUCCUCGGAUUCGUCAUGUUCCUCAUCUGGAGAGAAUCGAAAUACUUUGUUCGACUCCGACAACAGUACUAUCUUUCCCCGUAUCAGAGCAGUAAGAUUUCCACCAGGACCGUGCUCUUUGUCAACGUUCCGGUGGAAGCUCGCAACGAGGAGUACCUGCGCAGCGAGUUCUCUCUCGUGAGGAACGUCUGGCUCGUCAACGUCCCGGAAGAUCUCGCCGACAAGGUCGAUGAGCGCGACAAAGCUGCCGCCAAGCUCGAGACCGGCGAGAUCAAGCUCAUCAAAUCUCAUGUCAAGAGGCAGAUAAAGGCACAAAAGAAGGCAGAAAAGAAGGGCGAAUCUGUCGAAUUGCCCGUCGAUGAGUCUGGACCUAUCAGUGUCAACCCCAAAGAUCGCCCGACACAUCGACUUCCCAAACUCAAGUUUCUCCCCAUCGGAAAGAAAGUGGACACAAUCGACUGGAGCCGAGGAGAGUUGCGACGCCUGAUUCCCGAAGUUUCACAAGAGCAGAGGGAACACCGCAAUGACAGGGAGAAUGUGCAGGGAGCAUGCUUCGUCGAGUUCGAGACUGUGCAGGCUGCGUAUACCGCGAUGCAAAAGGCCGGUAUCAAGAGCAAGGCCAAGAUGACUCCCAAGGAGAUGGGGACCACGCCGGACGAUGUGGUAUGUCAGACACUUCUAAUUUUCCGCGAUAUCAUGCUGACUUUGACAGAUCUGGAAGAACAUCAUCAAGCCGUUCCCUAAGGUGAAGACUUUUGCUAUCCUUGGAACAGCUUUCAUCUGGUUCCUGUGCAUCUUCUGGUCGAUUCCCGUUGCAGUUAUUGGAUCCAUCUCUAAUAUCAGCGUAAGAAUCACAAUGCCGUUCACAGUUCAAACCGCUAACUUCGGGUUUAGUCUCUCACUCAGAAAGUCCCUUUCCUCGGCUUCAUCAACGAUAUUCCAGGUGUUGUUCUCGGAGUUGUCACUGGCCUUCUUCCCGCUGUGUAAGUGACGUCCACUCAAAGAACGAAUUAUUGCUGACCCUCGCAGUCUUCUUUCUAUCCUGAUGUCACUGGUCCCAAUCGUUUGCAGCAUCCUGGCUAAACUCUUUGAACCGACCCAGCGUGCCGCUCAAAUGAAGGUCCAGGCAUGGUAUUUCCCAUUCCAGGUCAUCCAAGUUUUCCUAGUCACUACCUUCGCUUCUGGAGCCGCCGCAGUCGUCCAGAACAUCAUCAACAACCCAUCCAUGGCCACGACGCUUUUGGCCAGGAAUCUGCCCAAGGCCUCCAACUUCUACAUCGCCUACUUCAUCCUCUUUGGACUCCUGCAGGCCGCAUUGCAGCUUCUGAAUAUCGUCCCACUGCUUUUUGUUUUGGUGCUGGGCAAAUUUCUCGACUCGACUCCCCGCAAGAUGUGGAAUCGAUACGUCAAUCUCGCGGGUCUUGGAUGGGGAUCUCUCUACCCGAAGUUCACGAAUUUGGGUGUCAUCGGUAAGUUUCGUUUCAAAGACAGCGGCUCAUAUAGCUAACGAAUCCUCCAGCACUGUCGUACUCUUCAAUCGCCCCAUUGGUGCUCGGGUUCGCAACAGUCGGCUUUGGCUUCCUCUACAUCGCUUUCCGAUACAACGCACUCUUCACACUGGGAACGAACGUCUCGACGCGAGGAGAAUCGUAUGCUCGCGCGCUCCAGCAGCUCACGGUCGGGAUCUACAUCAGUGAGAUCUGCUUGAUCGGAUUGUUCGCCAUCGGCGUCGGCUCGACCAACCAAUCCAUCGGACCUCUCGUAUUGAUGAUCAUCUUCCUGGUCGGCACAAUCGUCUGGCACGUCCUCAUGAUCAGAUCCCUUUCGAAGCUGAGCAACAGUCUGCCUGAAGAGCCAGUCGCCGAGAAAUUCCAUCAGAAUGCCGCUGGGCGGGAGAACAGCGAUGCCGAGAAAGCGCAGGAGACCGGGCAGAAGAAGAUCGGUAUUGUAGAUCGCGUCAAGCGGUUCUUCUGGCCGUUGAACGCUGCUGCCGAUGCCAUCUGGUCUGUCUCUCCCAAUCUCGGCGAGCCCGUCCGUCCCUACACCCAGCAGGAAGUCGACGAGGCAUUCCUCCAUCCCGCCGUCAUCUCGGAGGUUCCCACGAUUUGGAUCGCAAGAGAUAAGUAUGGCCUCUCUAAGCAGGAGAUCGUCAACACGAAGAAAGAAGUCGGGGAAGGGUUGGAGGUGACGGAUGAGAAUGCCUGGUUCAAUGAGAAGGGCAAGCUCCAGUGGGAUGAGGAUAUUGUCAAGGCGCCGAUCUAUGAGGAUGAGCCGGCUUACUGA